CCGGCGGUCACGUGACCCGCUCGAUGCGCUCGGCGCGCGGCUCCCCCCGGCGGCGGCAGUGAGUGGGCGAGUGACCGCAGGGACCGGCGAGUGACCGCAGGGACCGGGCCGUCCGUGUCUCCACCCCCGGCGGCGACAUGUCCACCGCCAUGAACUUCAGCAACAAGAGCUUCACGCCGCGGCCGCCGGACAAGGGCGCGUUCCCGCUGGAUCACUUCGGGGAGUGCAGCGCCUUCAAAGAGCGCUUCAUGGAGUGUCUCCGCCGCAGCGGCUACGAGAGCGCGGCCUGCCGGCAGAGCGCCAUGGCCUACCUGGAGUGUCGCAUGGACAGGCAACUUAUGGCUAAUGAACCACUGGAAAAAUUGGGAUUUAAAGACCUGAUAAAUGAGAAAUCAGAAGAAAAACCUGAAAAGUCGUGAUGAAGACAGAUAACUUUGCUCCUCAUGAAGGGAAAGCAUAACUCUGAAUGUAGUACAUAUUGUACAUUCUGUUCAUAUUGCAAUAGGAAGUGUUUCCUGAAAGAACCUUUUUUCCAAAGUUUAAUUUUCCUAAAAUAAGAUUUUUCUUUAAAUGAGCAAAAGUACUGCCUUUGUCUGCUUUGCUCAAGUAUUUCUUAACUUCUUUCUUUUAAUUUCUCUAGAGGCAAAACAGUUACAACCCAAAGUGUUCUCCAUGUCCCUGUAAAAACAGUGAAGUCUUAUUUUAAGAGGACAAAAACCUAAACCAAACAAUCCUUUAUUGUGUAGGGCUUGAACUACUGAUUACUCCUCUGUGGGCAGUACUGAUAUGCUCACAGCAGUUAUUUUCCACGUGGAAAUAAAGCUGUUGUACUUUAAAAUUGCUUUUUGUUAAAUACUGGCAUUAGUCCCUAUCCCUGGGGUCAUCUCACCCUGCUAUGGAAGACACUGGGGUCCUGUGGGGGUACUCGGGGUGGGGUGAUUUUUCAAUCAUUUCAUCUUCCAUCAUUGUUGGGAGAGUAUUUCUGGUUCCACACACCAGUCAGGGAGUGAUUCUGCCAGCAGUGUUCACCUAAUUUUUUCAUACUUUAAAUGGGAAUAGUGGUAUUUCUCUUACAUGUUCUAGUGCAUCAGAGUCUUUCUUAAUUAAUGUUGAGUUCAAGCAGAAAUAAUUUGGCCUGUUAGCCCCCUAGAAAUGUGUUUCAAGCAGGCAAUAAAUUUGUAAAUCUUC